UUACCAUUUACCUCGUUUCUACAACAAUCCAACCGUCCCACCUGUUACUGAGAAGUCCUGAUUUGAAACAGUUUGCCAUGAAAGAAGUUCCAUAUGUUUACUCGUAUUCUGGGGUUUGAAAGUAGGACAAUUGUUGCAAGAAUGCCCGCGGUGAAAAAGGAUAUUUUACCGUAAGAGUCUGAAAUGUAGGAUAACUUGGAAAAUCUCCUGUCAGGUGUCUGUUUUUUUCCAGUCACGUUAGCCACAAUUAACGUUAGCUCAUUGUCUGGAAAAAAACGUUAACGUUAACUCAAUGAAUGAACGGGUUUCUUGUCCACGUUUCACAGUUUUAUGUAGGCUAUUGAUGAAAUUAUUAUUUUUUAGAGUAAUUCGGUUUUACGUCCAAGUUAAUUCAUUAAUCCACCCAUUCCCUUCACACCGAUGGAUAGAUAUGGCUAUUAAUUAAUGUUUGCGAUUUCAAGUGUUAGCUAACAUUCCUACUAAUUAAACAUAGGUAACCAAAUAAUAUUGUCAUAAAAUGAAUGAGGAAAGCAGACGAACUGUUGAGAUUCGUCGUAACUCAACGUGGGCACAGGACAGAAGUGAUGCUCAAAGGCGAAGAGGUUCAGAAGCACUGGCACCUUGCUCUGUGACUAAAAAUGUAAAAGUUAUUUUUGAGGAAUUCAAAAGUCUCUAUGAAGAGAGGCUGAAACGCCUCAAAACUGGCACAGAAGGCUGCACACAAGAAGAAAUGUUGCAGAAGAAAGUCAGGAUUCUGCAGUCCUAUGUGAAUGACCUGUGUGACCAGAACCAGCUGUUGGUUCAGACAGUGGAAGACCUGGAGAAGGAAAGCACUGAGAGAAUCACCUCACUGGAGAGGGAGUUGCGCAUCUCUGACAAAACCAUCACGGAUUUGAACCAUCAGAGGAGAUGCCUCGAGGAGAGCUUGGACCGCCUGCAGACUGAAAAUCUGGAGCUCAAGACCGACGUGGACACCCUUGCACAGGUUGUUCGUCAGGCCAGGCAAACACACAGCCUGGAUGUGACUGGAGUUAAACUGCACUGUAUGUCUCAGGACAGAAUCAUUCAGUCUGCAACUAUAGACCAUGGCGAGCAGGAGUACGUUAUGAACCCUCUGCCCGAUGAGCUGGUGGACCUCCUGAAGGCCAGGAUAGGGAUUAUGCACAAUCUCCAAGAGGAAAUUAAGAUGCUUUCGGACACGACCACGGCAAAGAGGAAUGAGCCGCAGGAGAAGACUGAUGCUCUGGCGAUGCCUCGUGGCCGCGUCGAGUCUCUGGAGAAACUGCAAGCGGAGAAGGUUGCCGAGAUUGCCGAUAGAGACGUCAUCGUCGCACGGCUCCAAAAACAGCUGCGGCUGGUGCAACAGGACGGGGUGGACAUGCAGAAUCAGCUCCAGAAAAGCAAAGAGCUCACGCACAGGCAGAGGGAGGAAAUCCAGUCGCUCCGAGAGAAAAGAGACACUUCAACAACAGAGGUGAAGCUGACAGACAAGGGCCAACUGAAGAAGAGACUGGAGAAACACAAGAGGAAGGAUGAAGAGGGCGAGGAGGAGGAGGAGGUGGCAGACGAGGUGGCCCAGCUGUCAGCUCAGCUCCAACAGUUUCAGGCUGAGCUGGAGAAGACCAGAAGCCAUCAUGUACCUGCCACACGCCAGGCGAGAGGCCAGCUAGCGUGGGAGAGAGGAGCACUCCUUGAGGACCACUGGGGGAAAGCAGAGGAGAGAGAAGAGCACAGGAAACAGAUGAGAGAAGAGUUGGCCGUCUUAAAGGAGAAACAGGAGGCCAGCAGGCUGGAGCGGGCGGUGCAGGAGCAGGCACAGGCUCUGGGGCAGCUGCAGCAGAGGCACCAGGAGAGUGUGGAGGAGAACGGACGCCUGCAGGCCCGAUUGGAGGCCCAGACCAUCACUGCACAGAGCCAGGAGGAAGCGCUCAACACAGAGAUCAGGAACACGGAGGACACACUGCACAAGCUCCAGAAGCAGCUGGCAGACAGGGAGAACGUUACGGAGCGCGCCUUGCAAAAGAUCCUGACCCUAGAGCAGGACCUGGAGAAGACUCAGGGCAGGUACUCAGCGGCCAGUCGGGAGCUCCAGGGCCAGUGCGACCUGGUGGGGGCGCUGGAGAAAGAGCUGGAGCGGACCGGCGCAGCCCAGAAGGAGGCCGCUCACGAGGUGAGCGAUCGUGAGGAGCGCCUUUUACACCUGCAGUUGGAGCUGACCACUCUGCGCACCUCGCAGGAGCACACCAGGAGGGCCCUCGCCGUGAAGGAGCAGCUGCACGCCCAGCUCUCCCAGGAGAACCGGGUCGUGAGGGAGAACAUGAGCUCCCUCCAGAACCAGUUGCAGGCCAGCGAGGGGAAAGUUAAUAGCCUGGGUUUAGAAGUUGGCACACUGAAGUCCAAAUUACAGGAAAAGAGCGAACAAUCUCAACAGCUGCAAGAUCAAAUUCUCAAGCAGCAGGAGGCUCUAAGUAGGGCAGGCGAAACUUUAAAAGACACAAGGAAAGCAGCUGGCAAUAAGAUACAACGCAAAGACAACAAGCUCAACACACUGCAGAAGGAGCUGGAGGAAUUUAAAAAACAGCUCUCAGAUUAUAAAAAUGAGCAUGAGGCCACCAUCCAGAGACUGGAGGAGGACACGGCAGAGCUGAUGGCCCAGUUACAGCAGCGCUCACGGGACCUCACCAGCCUGAGUGCGGAGAAGAGCCGGCUGGAGCUGGAGCUGGUCCUCAUCACCGAGAAACACCACACCGCCCAACACGAGGUGAGCUGUCGAGAUCAGGUGACUCUGCACAUGAAGACAGAUUUAAGAGCCAUCGAGGAAAGACAUCAAGGAACACAAGAGGAGCUGGUGGCUCUAGAGGCAGAGGUCAGCAGGCUUAAUGAGGUCAUGAACAGGCAGCGUGAGCAGCUCGGAGAGGCGGAGCAAAGCUGUCGCCAAGCCCACCUACGCCUGCAGCAGGAACAACAGGAGAAGCAGAGAACACACGCACAUCUACACAACACUCAACUCCAGCUGAAUAGCCAGGCUGAGUUCCUGUCGGCUGUGCGCUCUGAGCUGGAGGCCCUGAAGCAGACCCACUGUGCUGACGAGCAGCGCUGGAGCCAGAAGUCCUCCCUGCUUCAGGGCCAGUUGGACGAGACGCGCUCCCAGCUCCGGGAGACCUCCGCCCAGGCCAGCCAGCAACGGCACGCCCUCAAGAAGCUCAAGAGCCAGGCCAACCAGGCCCAGACACAGCUGCAGCACGCCCAAGACAAGGUGAAGGAGGAAGAGGAGCGGGUGAGGACCCUAAAGGGUGAUCUGACCUCUCUGAGACAACAGCACGAGGGUUUGCAGCAGAGGCUGGAGGGCUUCAUGGCCGACACCCUGAACCAGGAGGCCACAGCGGCCAUCUUGAGGCAGAAGUACACGGUUGCCAUGGAGAAGGUCCAGCAGCUCCAGGAGCAGCUGCAGGCCUCUGAGGAGGAAAUGUGUUACUCUAGGAAACAGGUCCUUGAGGCGCAGGAAGUCAUCAGCGGACUGAGAGAGGAGAACAGCAGCCUGGAGGCACGGGGCGAGGAGAAACGACGGCAGGUGGAGAACGCAGAGGAGGCCAUCGACCACCUCACCGAGGAGCUCCAGGCUGCCCUGGACAUGCUGACCGCCAGCAGGGAGCAUGCCUCCGAUCGCGACCGCACCGUCGUGAAGCUCCACGCAGACCUGGACGACAGACAGGCGAAGAUUGUCGACUAUGAGAAAAAAUGCCUUCAGCUACAGUCUGAUAUCACCACCUACCUGCUCAGUCACAGCCACCCCAAUGAUCACUACGAGGCUCAGAGGAGGCAGCGAGAUCUCUACCAGAAGGAAGUGACCUUGCUGAGGCACCAGUAUGAGGAGCAUGCCCAGAGGAGUGUGGAGAACGACAACCUCCUGGCGCAGCUGCACGAGGAGGCCCAGGGCCUGAGAGCUGAGCUCCACCACAGGGCCCAGGAGAGGCAGGAGCUGGAGCGGGCGGUGCAGUCUCUGCAGCUGGAACUGGCUUCUGCUCAGAGGGAGCGCAGAGCCGCUCUCAGCCAGCUGCAGCAGGAGACCCUGGAACUCCAGCAGGAGCUCUCCCUCGCCCGCAACACAAGCACACAUAAAGACCAGGCCGUCAAGCAGAGAGACGAGCUGCUGCGGCAGGCGGAGGUCGACCUCCAGCAGGCCCAGGAGACCGUGCUUGCGGGGUCCCAGGAGGCCGAGGGGCUGAGGGCAGAGCUGCAGAGUGCCCAGCAGGAGACGUGCAGCCAGCAGCAGGAAAAGCAGGCACUGAGCACACACAUCAGCCGCCUCAGCCAGCAGCUGCAGCAGGCACAGGGCCUUUACAGGGGCAUGGCCCAGGCCCUGGCUGGUCAGGAGGAGCGUGUUGAUCUGCUGGAGUCUGGACUGAGGAGCGCAGAGGAGCGGCUCGGUGAGCGUGUGGCCCACAGCGUACGCCUGGAGCACAGCGGACACAAGAGCCACAACCAGCUCAGCCACAUGCAGGAGAUGGUAGUGCGUCUGCAGGGGGAGGCUGCGGUGGCUCAGUCGUCUCUUCAGCAGGCUCUGGGGGAGGCCAUGCAACAGCAGAGACAGCAGCACACACUCAGUCUGGAGAGAGAACAGGACACACAGGAGAUACACACACUCACACAGCAGCUGCAGCAGCAGGCAGGGCAGGUGUGUUCUCUGAGGCUGGAGCUGCAGCGGGAGCGUGCCCAGUGCCAGGACCAUCAGCAGGAGUUGGCCCGACUCAACGCCUCCGUCACACACCUGAACACACAGGUGGAGAGCCUCAGGGUCCAGAGAGACAACCACGCCAACAUUGUGAGGAGGCAUGAGGGGUGUAUGUCGGCGCUGGGUCAGCAGCUCCAGCAGUGUCAGGCUGUUUGCCAGGAGAACAGCAGAGCGCUGGAGAGGAAGGAGGAGCAGCUGACGGUCCUGAGAGCAGAGGCUGCCGCUCUUCAGCAGGGCUUUGGGUGCAAGGCGGAGGAGCAGUCUGAGGCUCUGAAGCAGGAGCAGCAGGCACUGGAGAAGAAACUGGAGGCGGCCACCUCUGAGCUGCAGAGGCUUGGUGAGGCCCUGGCGGAGGCCCAGGCAGAGAAUUCACAGCUCAGCCAGGAGAGCCAACUGGUGCUCACCAACGUCAGCCACUGGAUCAAAGAGCAGAAGAGAGCCAGUGAGAAUCUUUCUGUGACGGUUAAAGAACAGAGUCAGCGGAUGACCAUCCUGACCGCCGAGCGAGAUCAUCUGCAGGCGAGUCGAGACGCUCUGGAGGCUGAGCUGAAGACCUUGCGAGCAGCAUCUGCCGAGCGAGAGCGAGAGCUGGAACAUUUAAAGGCCAUCCACAGUCACUCAGAUCAUCAGCAGGCCCUGCUUAGUCAACUGCAAGGACAGCUAAAGGUGGGAGAGAUUGAGAAGGAGAAUCUGGUCACCAACAAUCUAAACAAACUCAGUGACAUGCAGGACAAACUAAGAUCUAACAUGGACAGCAUCCUUCAUCUGAACCAACAGCUGUGUACCCUGAGUGCGGAGCGGGACGAGCAGCACACACAGCUUGUACGGGAGCGCGGGCGACGGAAACAGAUGGAGCUCCAGCUGCUGAAGGGAACCGGAACAGACACAGACACAAACCGCCAUCCCCACCCCCCUCCGCCCAGCCUCCAGAACCACCAGCGCAGCCUCUCUCACAACGCCCUCCACCUCCCCUCUUCAUCCACCCUCUGCUGCCCCGCCGAUCUGGAGGUGGAGGGGCGGCGGGACCCAGGGGGAGCCCGGCUGUGGCGUUCCCGCUCGGCCCAGAGGCUGGAGGAUCCCUGGACUCUCCUGACAGGGAAACCGCUGAUCCGCUCUGUUCCGACCGGCCCGACCCUCCGAGACCAGACCCAAUCAGAACCUGAUCACGACCUGGCUCCACAUUUCACCCUGGGGCAGGGCCAGAUCUCCACAAAGGUCACGACCUGCCAGUGACCUGUGACCCCUCCCCCGUGCCACAGCUUACCUCCUCCUCACCUUGCACUCACUCCUGGGGUUGACCUGCUGCCUCCGCAGAGGUCAGGACCUGACCUGAGGGGACCCUCAGCUCCACCUGUGGCCAGAGGGGGGGGCGGGCUGCAGCAACACUGAGAGACCCAGCACCACCACACUCACUUACUCCACACACACUCAGAGCGGACUGUGGGAAUGGUAUAGAGACAGCUCCUAAAGAGUGUGCGUGUGUGUGUGUGUGUGUGUGUGUGUGUGUGUGUGUGUGUGUGUGUGUGUGUGUACGCGUGUUCGUGUGCGUGUGUGUGUGUGGAGGCAAUACAUUUCAAUGUCAUUUGAUGCAAUACAGUUCAAUGUCACAUCAUAGUUUCUCAUUACCUCGUGCGUGUAUGUAUAUUUAUGUGUGUGUGCUUUAUGUGCUGCUGUGCGUGGUGAUGUUUCAGUCUCACACAGUAACACACACACACACACACACACACACACACACACACCGAGGCACUUUUAAUUCAUCAGUCGUUAGUGGUCAGUUAGGUGUGUGUUCCUGCAGUGUGUGCAGGCGCGGCCCGAGGGUCCAUAUUUCACACGGAAACGAGCUCUCGUCCGCGCCUGCUGAUUCCUCUCAUAAAUAAGAGAGGAGAUGAAUCACGGAGCCACUCUGCCACGCCAGUCCAGUCCAGCAUGCUGAUAAUAACACAUUGUUAUUUCACGUCCAUUUGUAUCGUCGCGUCGUGUCCCGUCCCCACGCGCGCUCGCUCGCGCCCAUUUCUCAAUCUUCACUUAAAGUGCUGCUUCCCCCCGCCGCUAAUGAAAGCCUCUGAUGGUGGUGGCUGAUGACUGACCGUACAAUCAUUUUUCAAAAGUCUCAUGAAAAUACAGAGCAGCUUUUAUUAUUUCUUAUUUAUGUUGUUUUUCUCCUUUUCUUACCUGUUUGGACCAAAAAAGGUAAUUCCAAUUGUGAUGGAAUUUCAUGGGCUUUAUUUGGUUUGUAUAUUUGUCUCUGUGUGUGUGUGUUUCUGGACUGUUUAUGGAAGAGUAGGUUGAUCUCCACCCUCUGUACCUUUCUUUUUGUGGCAGAGUGUGGAUUAAUAAACAAAUCAGCCCCA